ACAUACUUAAUUUUGACUUUACAGGGACUUUAACAGAUUUUUCGGGGUCUUCGGUGGAUGAUUCAGGAAUGCCGGAGAAGAUUAGAUUAUCUCUCAUACUGCGUGAUUGUAUAGCCAGGAUGGUUUCUUGCAUGGCUCUGUUCUCGGCGAUGACGGAGGACUGGGAGGAUGAUGUCAGACGUUUUAAAUGGAUCUUCCGUCAUCCUAGUGACACAAAGCUUGUGGUUCUUAUAGGAAAUCAUGACAUCGGCUUCCAUAACGAAAUGACUAAGCAGAAGUUGGAGCGGUUUGAGCAAGUAUUUAAUGUCACAUCAGCAAGGAUCCUCACCAUUAGAGGAGUCAAUUUCUUGCUGGUGAAUAGUGUUGCUCUACAUGGUGAUCACUGCCCCAUCUGCCAACGUGUAGAGGAGGAGCUAUACAAACUCUCACAUGCUCUUAAUUGCUCUUUUCAGGGUGCACAACAUAAUGGCCAGUGCAGGGACACUGAGAAUUUUGCCCCAACAGCGCCUGUUCUACUACAGCAUUACCCACUGUAUAGAGUGAGUGAUGCCAUGUGUACAGGUGUAGACGCAGCCCCUCUGGAUGAACGGUACCAGCUGUUUCAGGAACGUUAUGAUGUUAUAUCUAAGAAUGCCUCAAAAAAGCUCUUGUGGUGGUUCAAGCCCCGCCUCAUUCUGAGUGGCCACACUCACAAUGGCUGUGAAGUACUGCAUGAGAAACUCUACCCUGAGAUCAGUGUCCCAUCCUUCAGUUGGAGGAACCGCAACAACCCCAGCUUCAUCCUGGACUACCUCCAAAAUGAGGGCUGCCCAUAAUAAAGGAGGCAUCAAUUGUCCAGUGACAGAUCUCCCAAGAUGGACGCUUGCUGCCGCAAAAAAUGCAAAUCCCACAGGCCUCUGCUCCUACACUACGCUCUGUGCUCUGUAAUCGGUUACAAACUCCUAUCUAGCCCUGAAGUCCUUUCUGCACGCUUUGCAGAAAAAAAAAACAACAACAAAAAGGCAAUUAAAAAUGAAACUAGACUAAACAAAAUGGUAAAAAAAAGGAUAAAUAUAAAGGUGCUACAUUGUGAAUUUUGCCUCCUGCAAAAUUAAACCCUUCAUGUACCCCCUCACUCCUAUGUCAAGUACUCCAAUAUCUCCUUCAUUAGGUGGAGGGAAAAGGUCAAAGGUCAAACCACCCUGACACAGGUUACCAAAGGUUUUCAUUACAUCCGCUGGUUUAAUCACAUUUAAUAUAACCUCAUCUAAAGCCAGCCAAU